GGCAGAGCGGCAAGUGUGCGAAUCAUUUGCUGCUGCUGCUGCUGCUGCGGCACCUGAAGUAUUAUUUAGGUCUAUCGUGCCUGUUAGCGUUAGCGUCGGGCUCUCAAUCCUGUGCCGUGCCCUUUCUCCUCGACCUCGCCGCGUGCUUGUACGGUGUACCACUCAUAGACUGAUUGUAUUUCUCACCCGCACGCACAUUACUAAAAACACAUAGUUGGAGUUCUUCCUCUCUCGAGUCAGCACCAGCUGAUCGUUGAGUAUGUCCUCUAAGCCCCCUGCGCGGACGGCGCGGCCACCAGGGAUUGACUGGCAAGACUCCUACUUCUCACUGGAUGAGCGCUACCGUCAGCUGCAAAAGAGUUUCCACGAGCAGGAGCAGGCGCUGAAACUCAUGAAAGUCGCCCGCCGUAAGAACGAAGCCCCGCCAAAAGGUCCGUCUCUCUCCUCCACGUCGGCGCGUCAACCGUCCUCGUGGGCUACAACACACGCCGCGGGUAACCCAGCUUUGACCUCGUCGUACGGCUACGAAAACGUUGCCGACAGCCGAGGUAGACUACACCCUCCCUACAGAGCCCGCCCGCGCACUUCGGACGCUGGACCCUUUCAUCCUCCACUCAAUCCAGUUUCUCCCGCUUUUACGCAACAAAGUCACGCCGCGUUUGAGCACGUCGCCAGUGACGCGUUAAGCCCUAGCGCCGAUCAAGAAGGCCCACUCAGAAGAGGGGACUGCGCUCCACCAGCUGCACCGCACAGCUUACCUUCCACUUCUUUUUCACCCUCUCCACAACCCGAGCAACAAUCGGGUCCUACUACUAGUAGCACACAGGAGUACGUCUCCGUGCCCUCCGCUGCCCAACCGCAAGCCGCCCGCGCAGCCGCCAUCGCCGAGGCCAGCGCCUGGGGAGACGCGGCGGCCCUGCCGGACCCCGCCAUGGUGUGGGGCACCGACGGGCAGAGCAGCAUGCAGAACUACGUCGUGGCCAGCGCCCUCUACCACGCCAACGAGGAACUGCGGCGCAAGCUGAAUGAGUCGUCAGGCACCUUGCAGACCUUUCAGCGGGAGCUGGCCGGCAGUCGCGCCCAGUGUGCGGCGGUGCAGACUCGGCUGGACAACGCGGCCCAGCAGAUGCACCAACUCGUGCGGGAGCGGGACUUGGCCACGCAGAAGCUCACCAACGCCAGCCACACCAUCGCCGAUAUGGAGCGCACCCUGCGCGAUCGCGUCGGUGAAGAGGAAAAGAUACGCUUCUCCAUGGAGACGCAGAUCGCCGAACUCCGCAGUCGUCUCGUAGUGGGGGCAGACAGCAAUGAACUGCUGCAGAAGGACGUUCGCAGCUUGCUGACUGAGACGCGCGAUCGCACCGGGGAGGUAAUGCAGCUGCGCUCGAAGCUCGCCUUGGCGGAGUCCGCUCUCUCGGCGCAGAGGAACGCAAACGAAAACAUGCUGGUGGAACUGAAGAGCCUCAACGCGCAGCUUGUUGAGGAGCGGAAGCGGCUCAUCACCGUCACCCGCGAAGCGCAGGUGGCCUCGCUGAGCGGGACGCGCGUCGCUGACCUGGAGGCGCAGCUGCGACGUGUGCAGGCGGAGCGCAACUCAAUCGAGCACGAGCACGUCGGACUCAUGUCAGAGUUUGUGCGAGUGACCGAAGAGGCGCUGCGGCACGCCCGGGAGGAGGUGCGAACCGACGUGGCGGACUGGAAGGCGGCGGCGGGGCACUGGGAGCAGGUGUCCCAGUUGCUCUACAAGGAUAUAGCGGAGCGCACGCAGCAGCAUCUGCAGUGCCGCGCAGACUGUGAGGAAGCAAAGGAGCAGCGUGAUACGGCAGCGCUGCAGGCACGCGCGCUGAAGGACGAGGUCGCGUUGCUCGCGGCGAAACUCGACAUCGUCUGGCCAAGCCAUGUGGCCGAUACCAAAGACCUUACGGUCGACGACAUCCAGAACGUGUUCGGCCGCAAGGACCGCCAGGGCAUCUUGCUUUUUGACGAGCGGUGCCGAAAGGCGACAGCCGCGGCCGCGGCGAAGGCUGCAGCGCGUCGCCGCCGUGAGCAGUGUGCUUCAGAGGCCAAAGAGCCGGGAGAGGCCAACGGUGUGGAGAGCGAACCGGGCUCGGAGGAGGAGACAACAGAGGUGCAGGAGGACGAGGGCUUCAAGUUGACGGCAAGUUUCUUAGCCGACCUUCCCGCCGAUCCGACCAGUGCGGCUGCCCAACUGCAAGAGCUGCACGAGGUGAAUGCGACGCUGCUCUCCGAAGUCCAUCGGCUCCAGCUCACAAACGACCUGCUGCAAGACCGGCUGGACAGUCUGGCGGGUCAGCAAAAGGAUGAGCGGGCACGCAUGGCGGCUGCCGAGACUUCCCUCCAGCGGCGCGAAAAGACGGGUCACAAGCUGCUGGAGAGGCAGCUCGAUCGUGUAGCCUUCCUUGAGGCCCAGGUCAAGUCCCUGCGUGGCUAUCACGUCGCAUCCAACGCGCCCAUCGACCAACUCGGCGACAAUGAAAACAUCUUCGAGCUCUUCCUCGGCCAGCUGGUGGCAGCGGAGGUGCCGGAGGGGGUGGGGGUGCCGGACCUCUUCUCUCACGUCUUCUGCUCCGUUGACUUUCUGCUGCACGAGACCAUCACAACUCCCACCGUGCGCGGCCUCAACGGCUUCUUCGACGUCACCGCGUCCUUCUGUGUCUCCAUGGACACGCUCCUUCUUUAUUAUCUCCACACACGCAAACUUCUGGUGCAGCUGCAUCGUGUGCGCAGCGAGGGCGAAACCACCGCCGCCAUCGCCGCCGCCACCACCGAGGCGAAGGAACCUCCCACAGGAGAGGCGGCGGGCGGCGGUGAACACCGAAGAGCUAAAAACGGUGGCGGGCGGGGCAGCCUUGGAGGAAGUAGUGCCGUCACGGGCAGCAGCAGCGCCAGCAGCAGCACCCACCCAAGUCUGCGCAUGGCGGAGAACAUGUUCGAGACCAUUGCAGAGGGCCAGGUGAGUUUGGUGGACAUCAUCCUUUCUGAAGAGUGUCGUCACUCUGCCCGGCCAACUAUGAAGGGUCACGUGCACCUCUACACACCAGGAAAGCGCCACAUCGCCUCACUGGAGCUCCGACUCACUGCGCGGCGGCCGUACUCGCCUGCGUUUCUGCGUGCGGUACAGGAGGCCGUAGAAAAGUCACGUACGAGGCUGGACGAUGGGGACGCGGUGCUUGACGCACCCACUUCGAAGGUUGGGGAGGACUCUCACUUGUUGGAUUGGAUGCGCAUGACAGCCAACACCUCUGCGGAGGCCGACUUGCAACCGAUGGGAGACGUUCGGCUGCCGCUUCGUGCGAGCCGUACCAACGCUGUGGCACCCGAUGUCACCAAGGACCAGCCGACGGAGCGCACGCUGCACUGGCCGUCGGCGCCCCUGCAGUCGUCCGCGACGGCUCUCUCGCGACUCCACCGCAGCCAAAUGCAACUCGUGCUGGUCGCCGAUGCCGACGACGCCACCUCGUCCAGCUCUUCGUUCUACGUGCAGCAACGCUCUCGCAUGUCGGAGACGAGCGGCGCCUUGGUGGUACACCUCCCCGCGCCCUCCCCUCCACCGUCGCGCUUUUCACGCAACGCGUCCCCGUGGUCUGCCCGCGCGCCGUCGUCGUCGUCCGCCGCCGAAGGAGUCGAAGAUGGCGGACGGGCAGACCCGUCGCAUCGCUUCAGCAGCUUCGCCGCACACGCGCCCGCCGAGCAAGAGUCCCGUUCGCCUUAUUACGGCCCCGCGUCCUUCAUCCACGUCGACCGAUCGCUGCUGACUCAGCCGACGCCGACCCGUGACAGCACCGGUGGCGCAUUGGCUGGUGCUGUUACGUGUUUGUGGGUCGAUGUGGAGAGACUGGAGCUGCCAGCGGACCUGCCGCCGCCUGUCCCGCGACUCUCGUGCUACUUCCGCGUGGAUGCGCUGCAGAAGGAGGUAUGGCUGGCUGCGCCGCCGACGGCACGCUACACGUGGCCCUACUCGGUGGACCGCUCACGCGACAGCGCGGCGACUACCCUUGGUAUCCCACUCCCGGUGCUGUCCAUCACUCAGCUCGCCGCCGUUGUGCGUGAGCCGCUGGUGCUGUUCUUCCUGGAUGCAGACGCGAUGGCCGCCCCGCCCCCGCCCCCGGCGACAGCAGGCAGCGACACGUGUGUAUGGGCGAUGGCGGUGUGCGAGUGGAACCAGGCGGUGCAGCACCCCGAUGAACCGCACGCCUUCCGUCUGCCGCUGAUACGCCGUGACCAGUCCGUCGUGGCCGGGGCGGUGGUGCGUCUCUCUCUCACGGCCACGACGACCAACAGCCACAACGCCACCACCCCGAGCGCUGUGCACGAGUACCACGGACAGCAACGAGCUCCUGCGGCUUUUGCAAGUGCUGCUGCAACGAGUUUUGGCGUGUACGCCGGGGGCACCGGUGCGAGCGCCACUGUCACACCUCCCCCUCCUCCUCCCUUUUCGAUGACGAAUGAGCUGCCCAGUGCGUCUGCACCUCCACCGAUGUCUGCCGUGCCAGCGCAGCAACCUCCGACAGGAGACGGGCCGCGUGCUUCGUCCAUGGAGGAGGAGCUUUUGCGGCUUGAGUACGAGCAGCGCCUUUCGCGUAAAGGAAUUUGA